GGCCGGAGGCCCCGCCCCCCGUGAAUCAGCUGAUCUCGCGCGCCCGCGCCGCAGUCGGGCUCGCGCUGGACCGGGAGUGGAGCUGCGGGACGAGCCGUCAGGUGUUUCUGUAACUCUUGCUAAGGGAGUGAUUUGGUGAUGGAGUAUUCCUACUGACCGAUGGACUCAAAGAAGAUAAGCUCAACAGAGGCAGAAGGAUCCAAAGAAAGAGGCCUGGUCCAUGUCUGGCAGGCAGGAUCCUUUUCCCUGACACCAGAGAGGUUGCUGGGCUGGGGAGGAAAGACCGUGCUUCAGGCAGCCCUUGGAGUGAAACAUGGAGUUCUUCUGACUGAAGAUGGUGAGGUCUACAGCUUUGGUACCCUUCCUUGGAGAAAUGAACCAGCUGAAAUUUGUCCAAGCAGCCCCAUUCUAGAAAGUGCCCUGGUUGGGCAUCAUGUUGUUACGGUGGCAACAGGGAGCUUCCACAGUGGAGCAGUGACAGAAAGUGGGGUCGUGUACAUGUGGGGGCAGAACUCUGCCGGCCAGUGUGCAAUAGCUAACCAGCAGUGUGUGCCAGAGCCAAGUCCUGUCAGCAUCUCUGACUCAGAGACCAGCCCUUUGUUAGCAGUGAGGAUCUUGCAGUUGGCAUGUGGUGAGGAACACACGCUGGCAUUGUCGAUCAGCAGAGAGAUCUGGGCAUGGGGCACCGGUUGUCAGUUGGGUCUUAUCACCACUUCCUUCCCAGUGACCAAGCCGCAAAAAGUAGAGCACCUUGCCGGGCGAGUGGUGCUCCAGAUUGCCUGUGGUGCGUUCCACAGUAUGGCACUUGUGCAGUGCCUCCCUCCCCAGGAUCUGAAGCCAGUCCCCGAAAGAUGCAACCAGUGCAGCCAGCUCCUCAUCACUAUGACAGACAAAGAGGACCAUGUGAUUAUAUCAGACAGCCACUGCUGCCCUUUGGGUGUGACACUGUCAGAAUCCCAGGCAGAAAACCAUGCCAGCACUGCCAUCAGCCCCUCCAUUGAGACCUUGGAUGGGCAGGGAGAAGUGUUUGAGAGUCCUCUUGUAGAAGCUGAACUGAGUAUGGAAAGUGUUCAGACCACAAGUGGUGAUGCCAUUUCCUCCUGGCAAAGCAUUGUGGGAACCGACGGAAUUUCUUCUGCCAGGACUGCUCCCUCAUACCCUGACACCCAGGCAGUAAAUGUGUACCUGCAGAAGCUGUCUGAGCAUUCAGUAAGGGAUGACUUGGAGCAUGGUGAAAAGCCACCUCAGGCCCAGCCUCUUGUAGAAGAAGCAGUUCCUAAUCUUCACAGUCCACCAACCACAAGCACCUCAGCACUCAAUAGCCUGGUGGUCUCUUGUGCAUCUGCUGUUGGCGUGAGAGUGGCUGCCACAUAUGAAGCAGGGGCCUUGUCUCUUAAGAAAGUUAUGAACUUUUAUAGCACAGCCCCAUGUGAAACUGGAGCUCAGCCAGGCAGUAGUUCCAUAGGCCCAGAAGGUCUGAAAGAUAGCAGAGAAGAGCAGGUUAAACAGGAAUCAAUGCAAGGAAAGAAAAGUUCAAGUCUUGUGGAUAUCAGAGAGGAAGAGUCAGAAGGAGGCAGUCGAAGACUCUCCCUCCCAGGAUUGUUGUCCCAAGUUUCCCCCAGGCUCUUAAGAAAGGCUGCAAGGGUGAAAACAAGAACAGUGGUUCUGACCCCCACAUACAGCGGAGAGGCAGAUGCACUCCUGCCUUCCCUGAGAACAGAGGUGUGGACCUGGGGGAAGGGCAAGGAAGGGCAACUGGGGCAUGGCGAUGUCUUGCCCAGGCUUCAGCCCCUGUGUGUGAAGUGUCUGGAUGGUAAAGAGGUAAUCCAGCUGGAGGCAGGUGGUUACCACUCUCUUGCACUCACUGCGAAAUCUCAGGUUUACUCAUGGGGUAGCAACACCUUUGGUCAACUUGGGCAUUCUGAUUUUCCAACAACAGUUCCUCGACUCUCAAAGGUUUGCAGUGCAAAUGGAGUCUGGAGUGUCGCAGCAGGCCAAGAUUAUUCCCUGUUUUUAGUGGACACCAAAGACUUCCAGCCUGGGUUGUAUUACAGUGGCCGACAGGAUCCUGCUGAAGGUGGCACCCUUCCAGAGAAUUCCAGUGGCACUAAGACGCCAGUACUUCUCUCCUGUAAUAAGCUUGGAUAUAUAAGCAGAGUAACAGCAGGAAAAGAUAGCUAUCUAGCCUUGGUGGACAAAAACAUUAUGGGAUAUAUUGCCAGUCUUCACGAGUUGGCUACUACAGAAAGACGGUUUUAUUCAAAACUAAGUGAAAUCAAGUCUCAGAUACUUAGGCCUCUUCUCAGUUUAGAAAGUUUGGGCACUGUGACUACUGUCCAGCUGUUGCAGGAGGUAGCGAGUCGGUUCAGCAAGCUGUGUUACCUCAUUGGACAACAUGGAGCCUCUCUGAGCAACUUCCUGCAAGGGGUCAAGGAAGCCAGGAGCCUGGUCAUUCUGAAGCACGCGAGUCUCUUCUUGGAUAGUUAUACAGAGUACUGUACAUCAGUUACAAAUUUCCUGGUUAUGGGAGGAUUCCAGCUUCUUGCUAAGCCUGCCAUUGAUUUCCUCAAUAAACACCAAGAGCUGUUGCAAGAUUUAUCAGAAGUGAAUGAUGAAAACACUCAGUUAAUGGAAAUACUGAAUACCCUGUUUUUCCUGCCAAUCAGACGACUUCAUAAUUAUGCAAAAGUCUUGCUAAAGCUCGCUACUUGCUUUGAAGUGACAUCUCCAGAAUAUCAGAAACUGCAGGAUUCCAGCUCUUGUUAUGAGUCUCUUGCUCUCCAUCUUGGCAGAAAGAGGAAGGAAGCAGAGUACACACUGGGCUUCUGGAAGACCUUUCCUGGAAAAAUGACGGAUUCCUUGAGGAAGCCAGAGCGCCGACUGCUAUGUGAGAGCAGUAACCGAGCCCUCUCGCUGCAGCAUGCUGGCAGGUUUUCUGUGAAUUGGUUCAUUCUCUUCAAUGAUGCCCUGGUCCAUGCCCAGUUCUCCACGCACCAUGUGUUCCCUUUGGCCACGCUCUGGGCAGAGCCACUGUCUGAAGAAGCUGGUGGUGUGAAUGGCUUAAAGAUAACUACACCUGAAGAGCAGUUCACACUCAUUUCCUCAACGCCCCAGGAAAAGACCAAGUGGCUCCGGGCUGUAAGCCAAGCUGUGGACCAGGCUUUGAAGGGGACAUCUGAUUUUCCACCUUAUGGAGGUGGUGGCAGUGCUCAGAGGCAGGAACCACCCAUUUCACGAAGUGCCAAAUAUACUUUCUACAAGGAUCCUCACCUUAAAGGUGCCACUUAUGAUGGACGCUGGCUUUCAGGAAAGCCUCAUGGCAGGGGGGUUUUGAAGUGGCCUGAUGGAAAGGUAUAUACGGGCAUGUUCAGGAACGGCUUGGAAGAUGGGUAUGGUGAAUACAGAAUCCCAAACAAGGUCCUCAACAAAGAAGAUCAUUAUGUAGGUCACUGGAAAGAAGGAAGAAUGUGUGGCCAAGGAGUCUAUAGCUAUGCCUCUGGUGAAGUGUUUGAAGGCUGCUUUCAAGAUAACAUGCGUCAUGGGCAUGGUCUCCUCCGGAGUGGAAAGCUGACUUCUUCUUCCCCCAGCAUGUUCAUUGGCCAGUGGGUAAUGGAUAAGAAAGCAGGAUAUGGCGUCUUUGAUGAUAUCACUAGGGGAGAAAAGUAUAUGGGAAUGUGGCAAGAUGAUGUAUGCCAAGGGAACGGGGUGGUAGUUACUCAGUUUGGAUUAUACUAUGAAGGCAACUUCCACCUGAAUAAAAUGUCGGGUAAUGGGGUUUUGCUUUCUGAAGAUGAUACUAUCUAUGAAGGAGAAUUUUCCGAUGACUGGACUCUCAGUGGAAAGGGAACACUGACUAUGCCAAAUGGAGAUUAUAUUGAAGGUUAUUUUAAUGGAGAAUGGGGAUCUGGGAUAAAAAUCACUGGAACCUACUUCAAACCAAGUCUGUAUGAAAGUGAUAAAGACAGGCCCAAAGCCUUCAGGAAGCUGGGAAACCUGGCAGUGGCCGCUGAUGAGAAGUGGAAAUCAGUGUUUGAUGGAUGUUGGCAUCAGCUGGGCUGCGAAAAUCCAGGCCAGGGGGAAGUUUGGAAAGCAUGGGACAACAUUGCUGUAGCCUUGACCACAAAUCGGCGCCAGCACAGGGACAGUCCAGAAAUAUUAAGCCGUUCACAGACUCAGACACUAGAGAGUUUGGAAUAUAUCCCCCAGCAUGUUGGUGCCUUCUCUGUGGAGAAAUAUGAUGACAUCAAGAAGUAUUUAAUAAGGGCCUGUGAUACUCCUCUGCACCCACUGGGCAGGCUUGUGGAGACUUUGGUUGCAGUGUACAGAAUGACAUACGUGGGUGUGGGAGCCAACCGCCGGUUACUGCAGGAAGCUGUAAAGGAGAUUAAGUCCUAUCUCAAGAGAAUUUUCCAGCUCGUGAGGUUCCUAUUUCCCGAGCUUCCAGAAGAGGGCAGCACGAUUCCUCUCUCCACUCCUCUGCCAACUGAAAGGAGGUCGUUUUGCACUGGGAAGUCGGAUUCCAGAUCCGAAUCUCCAGAACCAGGCUAUGUAGUCACGAGUUCUGGUCUGCUGCUUCCUGUGCUGCUGCCUCGGCUCUACCCCCCACUCUUCAUGCUCUAUGCCUUGGAUAAUGACCGCGAGGAGGACAUUUAUUGGGAGUGUGUUCUGCGCCUAAACAAGCAGCCAGAUAUUGCUCUGCUGGGCUUUCUUGGAGUGCAGAGGAAGUUUUGGCCAGCAACCUUGUCAGUUUUUGGAGAGAGCAAAAAGGUUUUGCCAACCACAAAGGAUGCUUGUUUUGCUUCAGCAGUAGAGUGUCUGCAGCAGAUCAGCCAUCAGACAAACUUAAAGUCAUCCAGCAAACUUUUGAAGAGAUCUCCCAGAGUGUUCUGGCAUCACUCCAGGAAGACUUCCUGUGGUCCAUGGAUGACUUGUUUCCUGUUUUCUUAUAUGUGGUACUGCGGGCCAGGAUUAGGAAUUUGGGCUCUGAAGUACACCUCAUUGAGGAUCUGAUGGACCCCUAUCUUCAGCAUGGGGAGCAAGGUAUAAUGUUCACCACCCUGAAGGCAUGUUACUACCAGAUUCAGCGUGAGAAGCUUAAUUAGGGUACAUAACAGCUUGAAAACUGGAUUAGCUACUGCGGAAGGCUACAGCACCAUCCGGAGUCUUUAUGGUGGAGAAAAAGAAUGGUGUGGAGAUUGGAAAGGACUUGUGUUAUUUUUGUUAGUAAUUUUUGAGCCUUACUAAUAAUUAGAGCCCUGAGUCCAGGUUUUUAAAAACAAAAAACAAAACAAAACUGUGCAGUUUAAAUGAAGAUGGAAAAGGAAGUAAAAUCAGAUUAAACCAG